CGCGAAACUAGAGUUGACAGAGAAACUGCGCGUGCCCCUCCACUCAGCAAGAUUUGCCUUCUGGUUUUUCUGAUCGGCUGAGAGGAAAAGGAGCUCGCAGAGCAAGCUGAACUGAGAAAGAUGAGGAAAUUGAAGCAGUUCAUAGCAGGGGAUGAGGAUGGCGAUAGGGGAGAGAGCUUCUUGGAGGAAGAUUCAGAUGGGUCUUGUUCCCUCACUGCAACACAGAGAAUGUACGCAUUCGCGGCUUGCCUGGCUGCUGGUCUGGCUUUCAUGUUUCUGUCAUUGAUUGUCUUUGUGAAACCCAUCAAGUUCGCCUUGUUGUUCACUUUCGGCAACAUAUUUGCUGUUGGAAGCACAGCCUUUCUCAUUGGAACUGGGCAGCAACUGACCAUGAUGUUUGACUCCACCCGUGUAUAUGCAACUUCCAUAUACCUUGGAUUCGUCGUUAUAUCACUUAUCUGCGCUCUUUUGAUCCACAACAAGAUUUUGACACUGAUUGCUAUACUAUGUGAAAUAUGUGCCCUAAUUUGGUACAGUUUGAGCUACAUUCCUUUCCCCUCCUCAUUUGUAUUAACACAAUCCCAUUUGAGCUCCUGGGGAGAAGAAAUGCAUCACUCUCGGCUCCCUGGUUCUUGCUGUGUGCAAAACUGCAAAUGCAGUUCGUUUUUCCUUUAUUCCACCUUCUGUCCCCUCCUUAGGCAUUGUUUAUCCUCGGCCUUGAAGAAGCAAACGAAUGGGCCUCGAGUCUCAGAAUAGCAAAUUGGGCCUCGUGAUCCAAUCCGCACCUGCAGAGGAAUCUCUAUGAUGAUUUCUAAAACAGACUCCUCCAGACAAACUGGAUUAGCCUAUCUCAUUAGUGAAUAGUGAUCAUAUAGGGAAUAAAUGAGUUUCACAAAAUGAGUUUCUUGGACAGGCAACUGUGCAUACUGUACAGUACUAAUAUAGCAGCAGAGCAGAGACGACUGACAGUCACAGUAGGAAUGGAACAGGUUUGCCUGGAUGGGCCAGAUGGAAGAAGAAGAAGAAGAAGAAGGUUAUUUAUAUAUUUGGCUUCCUUCUGCAGAAAUGGGCCCAGAAAAUAGACCAAAGGAAAGGAGAAAAAAAUAGAAGAAGGGUAGGUGUGAUAUCAACUUUACACCAAGAAAGAAGCAUGUGGAAUAUCUUUUACUUCCCUAUCUUGAGUGGUAGCUACCUACUGAAUUACUGAUACUCAUUUUUGUGUUUGUUGAAAUAGGGAUCUCAUCACGCUCCCUUUACUUCUCCCCACAUCCAAAAUUUACCACCCACGUUGACCCUUCUUUUGGAUUCGUAUUUUUUCCUUUGAUUUUUUCUAUCAAAAUCCAGAACUAUAGGACUGGAAUAACAGUACAACAAAUUC